AUGGCUGCAGCCGGGGCCGCGCCGGGAGCCCUGGGGCGGCGCGCGUGGCUGCUCCUCUUCCUGGCCUCGGCGGGGGGCGCGCUCGUGGCGCGCGCGCUGCCCUCCAAGGUGGCGCGAGGCGUCGCCGUCCCGUUCGUCUUCGACCCGCACGCUGUCUGCGGCGCGCCUUGCCAGAACGGAGCCCUCUGCAUCCGGAACGGCACCUGCUUCUGCCCCAAGGGCUACGAGGGCGAGCGCUGCCAGUAUGCAACUUGCUACCCAAAAUGUAAAAAUGGUGGGAAGUGUCUGAGACCUGGAAAAUGCAGGUGCCAACCUGGCUAUGGAGGAAGAUACUGUCAUAAAGUGAACUGCGAGGGAGGAUGUCAAAAUGGUGGGGAAUGCAUCUCCGUUGGUGGGGCGGUAAAGUGCCUUUGUGCUUCAGGCUGGACAGGAUCAAGCUGCCAAGAAGCAAUUUGCCCUCAAGGGUGUCGGAAUGGAGCGGCUUGUAUGACUCCUGGAAUCUGCAGCUGUGCAACUGGAUGGAUUGGUGGCGCAUGUCAUAUAGCAUUAUGCAGGCUGCCUUGUCACCAUGGAGGCAAAUGUAUUGCUCCAGAUGUGUGCAGAUGCCGUUUACCAUAUUCUGGUAUACAGUGUACAAAGAAGAUCAAGCAAUGA